CCCGUAGAACCGAGAGAGAGCCCGGAGAGCAAGGAUUUCGUUGUUCGCGCGUCUCGCAGACAUGUCGGAUCAACCGGGAUUCACGGCCGCCGGAAGAUCUCUCUCGCGUCCUCGAGUAUUCGCCGCGGGUCUCGACGGACGAGCUUAACCGCGAUAUUCUCGGGAAAAUUCGAGUGUUUCUCGGCCCGGUGGUCUUACACGAAAGCCAAACGGGGCUAAACGCGAAACGAAAAGAAUUGUGACCGUGCAACGGGGAUAUCGAUACCGUUCCAAGGAUAACCAUCGAUUCCGCCUCGAUCCAGGGAUCUCGAUCGGCUGGUCGCCGUGCAGAGUACGUCUCGCUUGUCCGCCGACAAGGACACGGAACGGAGAAAAGGACAACGGUCCAUCUCGCGGAGGAGAAGUGGGCCGGUCGGGCCCGGGGCCCGAGGCUAUAGGCCAGCCCGAGUUUCGUCGCGGAGAGGAUCCCGACCUCUUCGAUAUAUAUCUCUCUCUCUCUCAAGACAAACAGACAGAGAGAGAGAGAGAGAGAGAGAGAGAGAGAGAGAGGACACACCUGAAGAAAGAACCGACUUUUCGGAGGAUGAUUCAUCGGUCGCCUCGUUGAGCGAGCGGUUCGCGCUUCGAUCGGAAGCGAGCGCGAGCUUAGACGGCUCGGUGGAGGAGCGGCAUUAGAAGGAGUAGGAGGAAGUUGAGGAGAAGGAGGCCUCGAAGGAGAUCGAAGCGAGCAUGUGAGACGGGUCGCGGGCUCGAACGACCCGAAGACAAAGAAGCACCGCGGCGGAGGGGGCCGUCGAUCGGCGGAUGAAUUGAAUAGUCGGAGAGAAGUCGGCGAGAGGAGUCGAGGGAGAGAUAUCGUCCUGCGAGGGUGAUUCCGGUGUCCCUGCCGGAGAUAGGAACAGAUACGGGAAUAAGUGGCGGAGCCAAGAUGAGCAGACGAACCGUGCCGCCGGCUGGGCUAAACUCCUGCGAGAGGAUCAGGCCGGAACGACCGAGGAACCCCAUCCAGAGGCUCGUCUGGGGUCCCGGCUCCCAGUUCCAGGUCGGGCAAAUCGGCUUGCCCGAGGACGAGGGCUCGAAUCCACGGAUGGCACUCAGAAGUCUGCUGCGAUUGUACGAGGGAAGACAAUACCGCGAGGCGGCCAGUUUCCUCGCGAAGCUGCCGCACUACACCCUGAGGGCCACCCUGCCGGACAUUCCGGUGGACCUGUUGAUCGAAACGCUGCCGCACAGUCUGGCCCUGCUCGAGGCGCUUUACACGAGGCUGGUCGAGCUGAACGUCAGCGACGCGAAGGUGCUGCGUGUCGAGCAGGUGCUCUGGAAGAUCGUGCACCUGAUCUCCGUCAGCCAGGAUCAUUUUCGUCUGAGGAUCUGGUGCAAGCUGCUGGUGGCGGUCGGCAGAUUGGCGCCGAACGCGCGGAGCACGCUGGUCGCGAGGAGAAGGGCGCUGGAGAGGGCCGUGGAGGGCCUCGGCCGGCACGGGCUCGUACCCUCGGCGCAGCUCUGCAACCCCGAGACCGGGGCCGCGUCGAAUCUUCUUCCGCUUCCGGUCGCGUUGAAAGAGGUGCUCGAGACCAGGAUCGACGCGUACAAGCUGGCCGUGCACAAGAUCGAGAGCUUCGGGAAGCACGCCAGAACGCACAAAGCGGACCACGGCGUGCAGGCGGCCUCGCACCAGCGGCAACUUUCGCUCAAGUACAGCGAGAUCCAGCAACGGCUGAUCGAUAAUCAGAGCCUGCUGAACACGUUGGAGAAAGUCGGCGACCCGAGCUGCUUAGAAAGUCUGCUGUCGGAGCUGAAGCGCAGGGUCGAGCAGGACAAGGAGGCGCUCAGACAAUGGACGGCCUUGAGGAAUUCGACGCUCGCAGGGGACACGAAGAACCCGCCGCUGGCCGCAAGGCUGUUGCAGUUCUCCAGGGGAUGCGAGCUCGCGCUGCAGCUGAUGACGCAGGACACCAAUUUGCAGGUAUUCCAAUUGGACGAGAAUCUGGCGGACGACUACGAGGAGGAAUCCAGCAGCAGCGCGGGCUAUCACACGGACGAGAGCUGCAGCCCGACCCCCGAACCGGUAGUUAGGAUCAGCUGCGAGCUUCUCAGGCCCGAGAAGAAUUUUUCCAACGCCGUAACUUCCGGCGGCGACGUGACCGCCGAACGACUGGCCGAGAGCUAUGCCGCCCUUUACAGCCAGGCCCAUUUGCAUACCUUGGAUGCUCUGGAUGCGCUGGAGCCCCUCAAGGAUGCGCCCGACUUGAAGGCCAAGAUCCUCUACUCGGUGGUCGUGCUCUCCUGGCGGCUGGCGGGCAUGAUCCAGACCUCGAGAUACGUCGAGGCCCUGAAGGUCCUUAGCGGCACCGAGAACGCGGCGCAAACGGUGACGCCGGGCCUGGAGGAAUGCGUGAAACGGCAGCUGGCUACUUCCGGCGCGAGAACCGGUUCCCGGGAGGUCGCCGAACAGGUGGUCAGCCAGCUGGAGAGGACGCUGUACGACUUUCCGUGUCUACGGGGAUGCGACGAGGUCAAGAGAUACGCCGCCGUGUGCUCCAGUUUGGCGUGGGCCUGUUUGGCACGCGCCAAGCCGCUGGUCCUCGACGUGGCCCAGGCCCUGGAGUUCAGGCGACAGGUUCACGUCAGGCACCACGCCUCUCCGAACCCGAACGGCACCAGGAUCAAGACGGUCCUGUGGCCGGGGCUCAGGGAAGGCUGCCAGGGUCCUUGUCUCCAUCGCGCGAUCGUCCUCACGACUUAAUCCUGCGGCGGCGAACCGAGGACAGAAAUGGUCCUGUCGACGGCGCCAGUCGAUGGCUACCCGCUGCACACCGGUGCGGUUCGGUACAGCGUGUGAUACACGCCCCGCCCAUUUCUAGGCGGGGCCUAGAAACCAUUCGGACCUGCCUCGUUGCUCUAAUUGGAGAGAGACUACGUCGGAGAGACGCAAUGGAGAGCUAAUCGGGUUUCUAGCAACGUCGCGAGCUCGGAGAAGUUCCUAGAGCAGGGCUCGGAAUUAAGUGCGCGCGAGACGGCGCUGCGAGGGCUACGCCUCCUGGCUCCCUUCACAUGUUUCGCUCACCCGUGGUCGCCGCUCUCGAUUCGGAGCGCAUCAGGCGCAUGUAUUUGUUAUUUUGCGCAUAUGUGUGCAGCAUUUAGGCGACCACGGAUGAGCAAGUCGCGCGACGGGAAUCAGGAGGCGUAGUCCUCGACAUCGCCGCGUCGCGUGCACUUAAUUCCGAGCCCUGAUCUAGGAACUUCACCGACCUCGCGACGUCGCUAGAAACGCGAUUAGGUUUCCAUUGCGUCUCUCCGACGCGAGUCUGACAACGAUACUUGAAAUUAAUCCGCGAGAUCCCGUAGACCUUGAAACAGAGUCCAUUAAAGUACGACUUUGAUCCGUGCGUCGCUUCUUCGGACUCGUUGCCAACGUUUCCGGAUUUCUCAGCAAAACUGCGCAAAUUCGCGACCGAUAAUUGUCGUUAGCCGUUGUUGCGGAUUCAUAACGGGAUCGAGCGGAUCGAUGAUAACCGACGCGACCGGCGCUGGAUCAUCGCGUAUGGAGGACGCGCGACUUCUACGCCACUGGCUGGUCCGAUCACCGCGCGUGCCUAGCCGCUGUCUUGAAUUUCCCGAGGGGAAUCGGAAUUAUAUUCAUACUCCGGCUUAUGUAACAGAAACAGGUCGCACUCUUUACCGUCACGGGAUAGGGUUUUAGCGGCCGACCGACGUGAUGAGAUUCUUUAAAACCGCCCGGACGAGAUAUCUGUCCCGAGAUGUUCGAAGAUUCCGUAUAGACCGUGAUUGGAGGCCGCGCUAACAGAGAACGAAUUCGAUUCAAUUCGAAUCGAUUUGAUUUCCAGUUUAGAGCCAAUCGCCGACGCGAAUUGCGGUUCAAGGAGACGCUGUCCCGCGACGAUCAUUUGUAAUUCGUUUGCGUAACACGUCACGGAAUCGCGUCUCUUUGUCCCAGAUUCGCCGGUGUCCGAGAAGCGGGCCCGGCUCGUCCCGGCGAGCCGAAAACUUCCGCGGAACUUGCAACGGGGAAACUUUUUCCGCGACAGAUGCCUCCCCGCGGCCGCGAGCCAACUUUUCCGCGCCGUCGCGAGCGAAUCGUGGAACUUUUGUAUUCGACGUGUGGCCGCAGAUGCCUCGAGAAUAUCGAUACGUCGCGACGGGAGCAGCAGCCGAUGAAACUCCUCUUCGAAUUCUCGGCACGCGCUUCGCCCAAUCCCCUCGUGUCCUCUUCGAGCCCUUCCCAUCCCUCUCCGUCACCGUCUAGCCUGGCUCUCCGAGAGGGUUGGAAACCCGCGAAAAACCCGGUCGUUCACGGAGCCGAAGUCCCUCCAGAGCCACUUCAUUGUUUUUCCACGACGGCGACGAGAGCGUUCGCACACUUUAGAUCGAACGAUCCGCGAGAAGGGUUCGCGGGAACUUUCUCGGAGCCUGUCCCCUCCCUCGUUUCGAACCGGUUGCUUCGUCCGGAGCGGAUCGAACGUAGCGAUCCGUGAAACGAUAUGUUUGAACGGGUCCGCUCGGACUACGCGGCGCGAACGAUCAGGGUCAAUUUUACCUAAUUGGCCUUUCUCUCCUGGCACAGCGUCGUCGUCGCGCCAGCGGUUACGCCCGCAUGCGAGCCGGAGGCUCGUGGACAAAUCUACAGGGUUCCCCGGAAAGAAUCAUCCGAUUUCAAAAAUUUAUAUUUUAACACUUAGCCGACCGAUCGAGUAGA